UUUUUCAUCUUUUUCCAAAAUGUCUUCAGUUCUUUUCAGAGGAUUUUCUCUUUGCUUGAAGCGUUCUCUGAAGCCACAACAAGUCUCGAACUGUUGCAGAAGACAUUUGUCGUCUUUUAGAGAUAGAAAAAGGUUUUAUAAUAAAGUUGAUGUUGUUGAGACAAAAAAUGGUUAUCAGAUAACCCUUGACAAUAAAACAGUUAAGACACCACAUGGGCAGCAUCUCUGUGUUCCUUACCAACCAUUGGCUGCGGCAUUAUCGGUAGAGUGGGACGCUCAGGAAGAAGUAAUAAAACCUGAAUUCAUGCAUUUGACUGCAUUGACGAACACAGUGAUAGAUGAUCCACUUGGCAAGAAAAUAGAAUCACGUGUGCAUGAAAUUCUGGAGUACUUACUGACAGAUACUGUAUGUUUUCUAUCAGAUGAACCGGAGGAGUUGUUUGCUCUACAGAAACAAGAAUGGGGUCCUUUGUGGUCGUGGUUUGAUAAUAGAUUUAAUGUAUCACUUUCCCCUACGAGUUCAUUGUUGGUUGAAAUUUCUCCUCAAUUGAGAGACACAAUGCAAGAUUACAUUACCUCAUUUAACAAGUGGUCACUAACAGGUUUUGAAUAUGCAGUUGAAUCAGCAAAGUCGCUUGUGAUAGCAUGUGCUUUAGCUGAGAAAGAAAUCUCGGUGGAAAAAGCUGCCUCCCUCUCAAGACUUGAAGUAGAAUUUCAGAUACAGAAAUGGGGAAAUGUUGAAUGGGCGCAUGAGGUUGAUCUCAUGGAUCUACGAAGUCGUCUGGCUGCAGCAACCUUGUUCUUCCAUCUCACCAGUGGCAGUACUCUGGAUAGUUACAAAGAUUGAUUCACAACAGGUUUUUAUAUCGUUGUGUUAACAAAGUUUUGUUGCAUGAAUGACGUAUGUACAUUUCUUCGUGACAUUCCCAACUUCAUGUUGUGGUCGGUUUUGUUCAUAAAAUGACUCAAAGACAAAUUGGAUAGUCGGUAGAA